UAACAGUCCCACUUAGAUCAACAAACAACAUGAAGUACCAGGUAAAAUAAGACCUAUUACAGUAUUCAACAGCGCUACAUUUCUAAUACAAGUACCUAAUUGUGACAUGAUUAAGUUUUAAUACAUCUACUUUAUUUUACUCAAAUGGUGACACACAUUAGCAAGUGAUAUAUUUCUACAUACAGUUGUGCGUGUAGAACACUAUAUCGUUGUUACAACUCAAAGUGCAACAGAAAGUGUUGAUGUUCUAAAAUGUUGAAUGACGAUGUACAGUUUUUUUGCAACAUCAGAAUGGUUAUUAAAUCGUACAACUCUCCGAUGCUCCUGGCAAUCCUGAUGUUCUUGACCGUGUCACUAUCAGCUGAGAAGUGUCCUGUGAGCGAAGUUCCCUCUGAGUGACCUUGAAGAGUCGGUGCUGCAGCAGAGUAGGCUGCAAGUGAGUGCUGAUUUGCUGCGUACCGUGGCGGUGCAGCAGAGUAAGCAGAAUGUGCUGCUGUCGCCCUUCACGAUCCAUUCUGCCUUGUUGCUGUUGUUCUUCGCCGCCUCUGGAGACACGGAACUGCUGCUGAGGAAACUUCUUCACAUACCGGACACAUUGUCUAAGAACAAAGUAUUGGGGCAGUACCUAAAAGAGAGAAAGGCCGAUGAACUUCAAGGUCAUGGACACAAACUAAUUAACGCUUAUCGAUUAUAUGUAGAAAGUGGACUAGAUAUUAAACCAUGUAUGACGAGUUUAUUUCCAAAAGAAUAUUACAUAACCAACAUGACAAAUCAAGAGGUUACUGCUAACGAUAUACGGCAUUGGAUUGCGAACGAAACCAAUAACAAGAUUGUGUUGAAUCCUUCUUGGAAAAGCGAGUUUAGUUUCAACACCAUGGUAAAAUCGACAAUAUCGAUUAACGCAGCCUACUUCAAAGGUGUUUGGUUAAAUCAGUUUUUGGAAACUGAAACAAAGAAAGAACGCUUUUACAAAUGCAACGAAGAAUUUUAUGAAGUUGAUAUGAUGACCACAUCUGGUUUUUUCACAUUAUGGUUGGAUCAGGAUUCACCUGUGAAGAUUUUAGAAAUACCUUUCAAAGGGAGAACCAUCAGUAUGAUAAUAGUGAUGCCUAAUCAAAAGCAUCAUGAAGAGGUGCUGCAUGAAUUCCUAUACACAUUUAAUAAUGAAGACUUUGAAGAUGUUCUUCGAGUUUUGUCGAAAAAGAUUCCCACAACAGUUCUGGUCCGUCUUCCAAAAAUGGUAGUAGAAAAGGAAUACAAUCUUGAACAGGUGUUAAACCAUCUGGGUGGAGAUCUGCUGUUCGGAGCGGUCACAAAUUUUCAAGACCUUUUUGUGAAAAACCGCUGUAUCACCGUCCUUAAAACAGUACUACACAACGCCAAGGUUGAAGUAGACGAAGAAGGGUCUGUUAAAAAGGAUAUUGCUAACAAACAUCGAAGAAAGUUCAUCGUGAAUCGUCCCUUCGCUUAUUUCAUUUAUCAGAAACCAUCCAAAAGAGUUCUGUUCUCAGGGAUAUUUUACUCUCCCUGAAAGCAUAUAGUGUAUAUAGAAAUAUAUGUAAAUAAAACAUAUUUAAUUAAA